UUAUUGAAGGAGUUAAAUUUGAUAGGGGUAAGCUUAUUGGAUGGGGAAUCCCCCGAAUGCUACUAGAAUGAAUAAGAAGGUAGUUAAUAUGAGUGAGGCAACGUGACGAUAUUUGACAAUGAUUAUUCCAUCGUUAUAAUUUUUACAACGGUUUGGUAAUCCAGGGUUGAAAGACGCACAUUCGAAAUACGUGCCUCUGCAUUCGAUUCAUUAGCAAGGAAAGAUGAUGGUGGGGUUAAAGCGAGGAGAGCCUCAGGUGCCGCCGAUAGACGGCGUGCGCCGGAGCAGUUCAUUUCUGUAAUGGCCGCCGUCUGGCGUUGUCGGUGAAUCGGUCUCUUUGCAUUCUCGCGAUACAAACUGCACAACGUUAUCGUUUACAAAACUUUAGUGCAAAUCAAUCCACGUAACGAGAAAGGUGCGGUGUUUGCUCGUGCAUUGUGUAUGGUGGUAAAUAAGGGGUGAAUCCGCAACGGACGGUCUGUCGAGAGAAUUCAAAUCUGAUAUGCACUGUGUCCUCACUGUUUACUCGACCCAUCGACCGUACAGAGUGUGGUAGAUCGAAGAAUCGUGUUUGACGAUAGAAAGAAAUACAACUGUGAUCGCAGGAUGCGAUCGAAUUUCGGUGAUCGAUGCUCGGCAUUCGAGCAUAGCUUCGUCUUCGGACAGUAAACAAAAGUGACAGCGUGUGUGGUGGAUGGGGUAGACGGUCAUGCCUCCCAUUUCGACCGAGCCUGUCGACAGUAUUUGACGUGUUGUUCUCCGCGAGCCCGAAUUCUCACUCACGUGGUUCAAGGUCUUCUAAAAUCAUCUUAACGUCACGUUGCCAACAAGGCCCAGCAAAAUUUCACGGCACUUUCGCGAUCGAAUGUCCCACGACUGUUGUCACUGACAGCGAGUUGGAGCCACGCUUUUCCCGGUCAUCGGCUCUGUUGUUAUACCUUCUUCGUGGACUUUACUCAGGAUUAGUGACUGGAAGGAUUUAAACGGAAGACUGAAAAACAUUGGAUACGUUGUUUUCAUUUGCGCAGAUUUCUUCCAGGUGAGCCAAAAUUUCCUCUAAAUUUGAAGGACGAAAAGGAAGAGGAAAGAGAGACAAAGACGGAGAGAGAUGUGCCAAGUUUCGUCGUUGCGGAUGUUCCGUGUGCUUCCGGGGUUGAUCAACGCCGACCGUUUGCCGCACUGCGUCCCCUGCUAGGAUCAUGUCCUAGUCUGUUGUGAUCUACGAAUCGUGAUUACCACUGCCAACCAUAACUCGCGUCGAAGUAAAACGCGACCCUGAGAUGCCGAGCUACCGUGUCGAGGACGUCGUAGCUCGUCGUCUAGCGAAUCUUCCCGAUCGAGGAUCGACGAUCUCGUUCGUUUGAAUCAACGAACGAGAGACAGAGAGAAAAAUACGUCAGGUCGCGUCACGUUACGUCCAGCGAUAAGACUGAUUAAUCCGUGUGUAAUGCAGGACGAGGAGGCGACGACCUUCCGUCCCGAUUUAACCUGCUCAAUCUUCCGUUUGCAAUAACGGCGAAUAUGUUCGGCAAGGUGCCACCUUCGAACACACCAGGGCCACCCUGUAGCUGCGACUCGUCCAGCAAGUCCGGUCCAACCACGUGUUUGCCGUGUUUCUCAGUCGACGAGACAUCGAGCAUGCUGACGGAGGAGAAGUCGAAAGCCUGGAGAUCGAAGGACAGCUGCGCCCACGUGGUCUCCGAACCACCCUCCACGGGUAUGGAGGAGAAGCAAAAGCUGUGGAGAUCGAAGGAGAACGUGGUCUUCGAAGCACCCUGUAUCCUCGAGGACAAGUCGAAGAGUAAGAACACUUUGGUGGAAGAUAAAUCGAGAUCAUCCUGGAGAUUGAAGGAGAACAGUAGCACAGGCCUGUCCGAGGUGUCUUCCCCGGUCGAGGAGAAGUCUAAACCGCGAAAAUGCAAGGAAACGUGUUCAGCAACCGAGAGUGUCGACGAUAAGAAGUGUUGGAAGUCUAAGGAGAGUAUCAGUCCGCUGGAAACCCCCACGGACGACAAGUCCAAGCCUCGCAGAGCCUCCAAAGACUCUAGCAACAUCGAGUCGUGUUGUGGUUCGCAAACUGUUCAACCAAAUCUGUCCCAAUCGUCAACCGCGUUUGUCGAGGCCAACAGCAGAUGUUGCAGUACCAAGAACUCUUGCUCGAAAUAUUCGAAAGAAACUUCUCACGGAAGAAACCACACGGGAUUGGUGACGAAGUCGAACUCGGUCGUCCACAAGUGCUCGUCCAACCCCAAUUGCCCCAACUUCACGAAAUCCCCAGGCUGUUCUGGUGCCAGCAAAUCACAGAGGGUACUUUGUUCCACGAGUCUGAGCAGUCUGAACGUUGACCCUGGCUCUAGGGAAGCUUGCAAGCUCUCGAAGAAACACUCUGGCCCGUGCCGCGAGUUCGUGGCGGGCAAAGAGCAACAUCUAACAGGUGGAAAGUGCGUAUCCAGAGAGGGUCAAAGGAACAGCUCGCAAGCUGGUUGUUUAGCGAGCAAAUCAUCGAGCAGGUCUUCCGAUGCUGCUUAUUCAGCUUCGAACGGCAAGAAUAGAGCCGUUUCCGAGUCGAGCGACGAGACGGCCGACUCGUCGAUCGACUUUUCUGUGAUCUCUGUGAUUCAAUCGACUCCGAGUGAAUCUUGUUCGAGAUCAUCCGCGAAAGGAUACGGUGACAAAGACACGGUCGACUCGUCCGCUGCCGGUGGCAACUGCGAUAGAAGUUGCAGAGGUGAUUUUACCACGUCCACACCGUCGAAAGAUUGGAUGAAAAACGGAGACGCGUUGCAGCAGAACUGCGUUUCCUGUCUGCCGCAAGACCUACCGACGGAGUUACAGUUUUCGCCAAGGAGUUACAGGGAACGAGAAAAGUGCCGUGAUCCGUGGAGACCCACCGAAAUGGAAAGCAAUAUUUGCAAUCUGAACGUAUGUCCUAGUGAUACGUAUCAGGAUACCGGGACGAAAAGGAGGACAGGUGCUUCCUGCCAGGCGUUGAGGCAUGCCGUUGCAUCGCUCAAUCGAUUGGAUGACUUUUACAUGGAGAAGAUUGGUGCUGGAUUCUUUUCGGAAGUCUUUAAGGUUACACAUAAAGUGACGAGUCAGGUGAUGGUCCUGAAGAUGAACCAGCUGCCUGCGAACAGGCCGAACAUGUUGAAGGAGGUUCAAUUGAUGAACAAGCUCAGCCAUCCGAACAUAUUGAGGUUUAUGGGCGUGUGCGUGCACGAGGGCCAGCUGCAUGCCCUAACGGAGUACAUAAACGGUGGUAGUUUGGAACAGUUGAUCAUGGCGAGGCACACGCCUCUUCCGCACUUGAUCAGGAUGAAAUUAGCGAGGGAUGUAUCACGGGGGAUGGCCUAUCUCCACAGCCGUGGCCUGUUCCAUCGCGAUCUCACCUCGAAGAACGUACUGAUCAAGAAAGAUGAGAAUACGUCCGAGAUGACCGCGGUGGUGGGUGAUUUUGGACUGGCAGCUAAGAUUCCGGAUCCCAGUUCGGGAUACAGGCUGAGCACGGUGGGCAGUCCGUAUUGGAUGUCGCCUGAAUGCUUGAAGGGUCAAUGGUACGAUCACAGGUCGGACGUUUUCUCGUUCGGCAUCGUGGUCUGCGAGCUGAUCGGCCGCGUGCCGGCCGAUCCGGACGUUCUGCCACGGUCAGAUAACUUUGGCCUCGAUUACCUGGCCGUGGCAGAGAUCUGCGCGGCAGCUGAUCCACCGCCAGCCUUCCUCCAACUCGCCUUCAAUUGUUGCACGUACGAGCCGAAAUCGAGGCCAACCUUCUCAGAGAUCACCACCAGUCUGGACAACAUGAUCAGCAAUUACGAGGAUGAAUCGAAGAGCAAUAUCUGUAAACGUCAAUCCGUGGACCCGACCCUGAUGUCGAGCAUGGAUGAGAUCACCCGGGAGGGACGUUCCAUGAAACGCAAGACUGCUCGUCUGAGGAGUCAAUCGGCGGAUGCGAGAGGUUGCGAUAACGCGACUCCAUCGGACAAGGCGAGAUGUCAUUCCGCUAGGAGGGUAGCGGAAUUGGCGAGCAGAAGGGACCCGCAUUACAGGCCAAUGACGAUGAAUCCGUUCCACGCGUUGGGUGGCGUCAAGAAGAUCCUCGGUGACUUGUUCUCCAGCUGCUUGGAGCUACCGUCGUUGGAAGACGUCAGACCGAGUGUUACCGAUGCUAUCGCCAAGUUCAAACCUGCCCAGAACGACAGUAUCGCGAAGAUCUUGGACAGGAAGAAGCCGAGCUCCGAGCCGAGCAGUCCGACUGCCAGGAAGAAGUGGGAGAGAAAGGUGGCUACGAAAGUAGGCGCAGCCAGUUUAUUUACUCAUCCGCUGUUCCGCGAUGGUUGGGAGCCCAGAAGGCGUGGUAGCUGCGAGUCAGGCUUCUGGAGCUGCGUCGGAGAGGAUCUCAGCCCCGAGCCUCCUAAUCGUCGACACACCUCGACUCUCAGCAGUUCAGCAGCGAGUAGUCUAUUUCUGUUGGACGAUCACAGAACUAGCUCCAUAUACACUGACUCGUCCGAGGACAUAGCUAGUUUGGGUGGCGGUGACUCCUGUUGGGAGGACAGGUUAGGCGGGAUCGGGUCUUCCAGUAAAACCAUUUCUAAGAUCGUCGAGUAUUUCGAGAGGAAGCAAGCCGGCAGCUUGCGAUUCGCCGAUCACGAUGUCGGUUCCGCUAGGUUAACCUUGUUGAAAGCAAGCUUAGAGGGUUCGGUUCCUUUGUGCAGCAUCUCGGCCGCGCAGAGAUUAGUCGUUUGCGAGGGUGCCGUCAGGAGCAAAUUACCCCUGUUCGACAAAAAGUGAUACACCGUCACUUGGGCGUCGUAGAAGUCGUUCCUUUAGAGUUUUUUUUUUUUUUUUUAUUUUCUUGAUGAUAUACAGGCUGUUCGAAAAUUGAACGAUCAAACUUCGAGGGUAUAAAUAUAGGUUCAACAAAGGAAGAAUUUCAAAUAAUUCGAAAUAUUAUGGAACUCUUCUCUUUUUUUUCAAAUUUUUAAUCAAAUACAACGGUGAAAUUUGAUUGUUCAACUUCGAAACACUCUGUGUUUAUGGUUCGCUCGGAGGCGCCUACGGAAAGAACCGCUUCAAGUCGUUCCAUGAAGGAGAAAAAGUGAAUAUGAAAAAUAUCUAUUCAGUUGCAGAGGAAAAUCGCGUCGAACGAUUCAGUCGCGUGUUAAAGAAGGACUGAAAGUAAUCGAAUAACGACUAUACUUUCGUCGAACUUGAAGAGAAGCAAGGUUCAGUGGAAGUAUAACCGAGUACGAAUUCAGCAGACGCUUCUCUAAAAUCUAGUAACCCGACUGUGAUGUUUUUUGAUAAUCUACAUACAUUAUUGAUCCAAUAGGACACUAUGCUCGUUGAAGCUGUCAGCGUGACGGAAGUUCUUUUUACGCGCGACGAUCGUUCGUCCUUUCGACGCUACGUUGCUGCACCGUAUUUAAAAACCAUGUACCCGAUGCGACGGGAAGCCCCGAUAAAUUGUACAAGAUCCUUUCGUUAUAGAUAACGCCAGGUACGUUAAUAGUAUUUCGCGAACAGGAUAUUUUUCCCUGGUUUAACCCUUUCGAUACAAAAAGCCAUUGCAGUAGUAUUUUGUAGAAUUUCUCGAUGAAUUCGACGUACGAAAAGCACUUUAGUGACCAUUCGUAGAGAAUAUCGCAUUGAACGAAUGGCUACUAUAGUGAUAGUCUGUGGAAACUAUUGCUACGUAUAGUGUCCAUUCGUAGAGAUCAUCGCGUUGUACGAAAGGCUGCUAUAGUAAUAGUUUGUUAUGCAUCAAAGCUUACUAUAGUGAUAGCCCUAUGGCCACCUUUUUACCAAUCAAUCAAAUUUUCAAUGCCAUCGAUUGCUUCUUCCAAACAGACAAAUGAUAACACUUUUUAAUCAGCUUCGCCGUAGAGAAAGGGUUAAAGGAGAAAGAUGGAAAAUUUCAGAAGGGUAGACAGAAGCAAUAAAACACGUUUAAUUUCGUGAGACUGCGGCAAACGAAUGCCAGUAGAGAAACGUUGCUCGUGUUCUUACCUUUUGCAGUGCCUCGCAGUUCCUAGUUAGCCACCUCCGUCCUUAUCCAUGUCAACCGACAUUUUACCGAUCAUCGUGACGACGAUACACAUCGAGAUACGAAUUCAGCCACGUCGAGAAAUACGGUUUUUUAGUACGUUGCACCCUUAAAUCCGUCUCCCUUUAAUUAGUUCGUCCUUAGACGCGUUACUCUUGUACUAGAGACAAGCACGUCGAAACGGAGACACAGAUGCGAGAGAAAACGGCGCCUUUUUUUUUUUAUCAUGAAAUUUUCGAGGACAAAAUGAAAAGUAAUAAAUUAUUUCGAUUGAUACGUUUUCUGCCCCUAAUCAUCUGUCAGUUUAAAACAAAUAUUGCCGCUUUCCGUAGUAUGUACGUUAAUAAGAAUAAUUUUUGCAAUCUUAUGAAUAUUGUAAGAUAUAUAUAAUAAGCAAAAAUUACUAUCUACAAUGUGGAGCGUGCGAAUGAUUGAGAAUUCGGUGUGGCAGGGAACGUGUUAAAAGUUUUUCACGGUUUUAAGAAUAUGUUUUAAAAUCGUAUCGUUGGAAAGACUGGAUCGUUAGGUUCUCGAUGAGAUCGACAUCCUACAAUUGUACGUUAUGCUCGAAACGACAUUGCCGUCUUCAUUUGUGUACGUUCGCGAAAUGUAUGCAGGGCGCGUGAAAAUUGACGGCGCAUCAUUUUUCUUCCUUGUACCACGAAUUUGAUAGCACCCUGCGUAUAUUAUAGAGAAUUAAUCAGGGCCUAUGCUGUGCUUAUACGAGGUUUUUAAUUACACUUCCGGUCGAAGGAUACUUCCCCAGCGCGUGACGUGGUCACGCGUGUCGUAGAUUAGUGCUCAGGAUACGAAUGGAGACACAUAGUAUAUUUUGUUGACCAGAGAGAUACCGUGUCCUGAAUAUUUUUGUUGAUAUAGAAACUGAUGGACGAUGGUCCAGAAUUUUUCGAGAAGAAAAGAGAAAACCGGGUGGAAGAAAAAGAGAGAGAAAGAGAGAGAGAGAGAGAGAGCAAAUGAAACUGAUCUAGUCAGUGUAUUAUCGUGGCGGCCUUAUCUUUUGUAUGUCGUAGCGCUAAUAACUUAAGUGUUCCAAGGAAAGUGAACAAAGCGUGAGAAAUAGGAAGAUAACCAUGGUCGUUGGAGAAUACAAAACGAUUGCGAGCUCAGAUGAAACGAACGUUUCGCACACGUUGUUUGUAACGUUCAAUAGAGAAGGCAAACGGAACUCAAAAUGUACAUGAUUAUCUAUAGAACGAGCGAAUGUCUGAAUGAGUGGGAAUAGCGUAUGUUUAUUGACUGCUUCCUCGAGUUUGUGUCUCUUCGAAGCGCGUUUAAAAAACACGGUACAAAUGUACGGAUGGUUCUUUGUUAGAAUCAUGUCUGAUGAAAUACAUUGUGUAAUUUGAAUUUGUUUAUUCCGAGCUUGGAACACGAAUAGAGAAACAAACUCGAUGUGGCAAGCAGUACGUACUGCUUUUUAGUUAUGCCGUGUUACACAAAUACAGUAUCUUUGUGAGACGAUUGACAGAAUGUAUUCGAAUAGUCUUCCUAAACUUGAAUGAUUUAUUUUAGUUCUUAGGUCAUGGGUACAUCGGUAAAGGUCUCUACUUACGACCUUAAAUUAACACAAUCAAAUUAGUUUAUAUUAUCUCAGACCUGAUGCUAUAUUUAAAAAAUGUUUCCUUUUGAAUGUUUCUUGUUUGUGGACUGAUACUGUGUAUGUGUAGUAAAUCACGUGGCAAGAAAUAAUGGGUAACUAUUAUUAGUUUGCGUUUCAAGCGUCAAUCGUUUCGUCGCCCUGGUUGCGGGACAAGUCGAACCAAAUUUCUACUAGAGUAUAUUAUAAUAUAAUAGGCUACUACUAUACCUUUUUACUUGUCAGAGUUCGUUCACGGGUUCUACUUGAUAAGACUGCGUGUUUGUUAAAUAUGUAUGUAAGUAGUAAGUUUUUCAUUACAUUCGCAGUCCCUUCUUCCUUGCCUAACGGAAUACACCGUCGACCAGAAACCAAGAUUUUUCUUUCGUCCUGUCGAAUCAAUGCAAGAAUCCUAAUUUUUACUGGACAACAGGUAUAUUUCGACUAUCAAAUUUUUCUAUAUUUCGACUAUAAAUUGGAGGGUACCUGUUUAUUUUCAGUAUCCAAGCAGUCGAAGAGUGGAAAGGAGAGGAAAUUUCGAAGAUGUGUAAUCAAUUUUUUUUUUUUUUGGACCAUCGAAACGAAAAUUGUCUUUUAUACUUUUGCAUCGAGUCGACCCAACGUGGAACGAUGCGUUCUGUUUCGACGCGUCAAUCGGUACCUGAAGAAACGUUGAAGCGAGGACUGCGAAUCAAGUUAUUUUUAAUAGACGCGAACAUAUCAGGAGUGGGCAUAUCCUGAAGUAAAUUUGUUGCUCGUGAGAGAUGAUCGUCAACAGAAAGAGAGAGAGAGAGAGAUAGGACAGAAAGGCACAGAACGAGAGUGAAUGAGAGAAUGACAGAAUGCAAGUGAUUUAAAAAAGAAAAAAAAAGAACAAAAAAAAAGGUACGUAAAAUCGGACUUGUAAGGCGCAUUUUUCUUCUUAAAAAGAGGGUUAUUUAUUUUAAGUAAAAACAACAGGUAUAUUAUAGAUACACGAUAGAAGUCCAUUUAAAAUCGUCUCUUCCAUACAUUUUUGACUAUCUUGUCCUUCUGAUCCACGAUUAAUUGUGGCUCACCUGGACACUAGCUGUACAUACAUUAAUUAACGAAGAAGAAGUUAUAAUACUAUUUCGAUUCUUCGAGAAUCAUUGGGUCAUUAUAUACAAAGAAACAAAGAAAGAAAGAAAAAAAAAAGUGGGAUUUCACUUUUAUGAUCGUCCGUUCGGCAUAAAUAAAACGCGAUGGGGAACUAUUACAGAUGACGAUGAUGAUGAUAAUGAUAAUAACAAUUUUAAUAACUAAGAAUUAAUAACGGUAACGAAUGUGAAAGAUAACAGAUUUCAGCGAAGCUAUAUAUAUAUAUUGUAAAAAAAUUCCUAUAUACAAAAAUAAAGUUAAGGCUCCAAUUUUUACCAAA